AUGGUCUUUACCACAGACUCGAAAGCCGAAUUUGUUUGGAGAGAAACAGCGCUGUGCGGGAAGAACCGGUUGCCCGCCAGUGAUGUCGCAGGUCUUGUGCCCCGCCGGCUAAAUCACGUCCAAUAUACAUAUAACACCUCAGUCGACAUUUUUUCUUCUGUCCAACUUGAAGUCGAGCGCGACUGCCUGAACAGCACACCCUCGCGGCCGCAAGCUCGAGCGAUGCCGUCGAGCGCAACCAGCAUGCUCGCUGGCGCGGGGGGCGGACUCGUUGCCAGCGUAGCGACAUGCCCUUUGGAUGUGAUCAAGACCAAGCUUCAGGCACAACAGGCGAUUAACGGGCAGAAGGGAUACAAGGGCGUAGUCGGCACCGUCAAGUCCAUCCUCAGGCAUGACGGCAUCCGCGGGAUGUAUCGUGGUCUUGGUCCGACAAUUAUUGGCUACCUCCCAACGUGGGCAAUAUACUUUGCUGUAUACGAUGGGAUCAAGGACUACUUCGGGGAGAAGCCACUGGGGAGUCCACGACAAUUAUACCCUGCUGCGCAAGCGAAAGGCUAUCAACCUGUCACGCGAGAGCAUCCCUGGUCGUUGCAUAUUCUGUCGGCGAUGACUGCAGGUGCUACAAGCACAAUGUGCACAAAUCCGCUGUGGGUCAUCAAGACUCGAUUUAUGACUCAACCACGGCAAGAAAUUAGGUAUCGACAUACACUGGAUGCCGCAUUGACUAUUUAUCGGACGGAAGGCUGGCGAGCCUUUUUUCGUGGUCUCCUCCCGAGCCUAAUGGGCAUAGCGCAUGUCGCUGUCCAGUUUCCCUUGUACGAACAGUUGAAGCGGUGGGCUCACGAGGGAUCGAAUGAUCCGCUACCACCACGGAAAAUUCUUUUUUGUUCCGCCAUCUCGAAGAUGACAGCAUCCAUUGCAACAUACCCACACGAAGUCGUGCGGACGCGAUUGCAAACACAGAAGAGACCGCUGGUCUCGAAUGGGUCACAAAAUGGCAGUGUAUCGCAAUACCCACCAGCGGGGAUCGUACAGACAACGAAGAAUAUCAUCGUGCAUGAGGGUUGGAGAGGGCUGUAUCGGGGUUUGUCUGUUAAUCUAGUCCGCACUGUACCAAAUAGUGCUGUUACGAUGCUAACCUAUGAGCUGGUAAUGCGAUACCUCAGCGCAAGAGAAGCCGAGGGGUCAUGA